AGUCACUGCCUCCACCACCACCACCAGGAGUGCUCCAGCUGAGAGGAAGCUACAGUUCUCACUACUCAGACCCAGAACACCCCUUUCCAAUGACCUGUUAAAACAUGGUGGAUUACUAUGAAGUUCAAGGAGUGCAGAGAUAUGCUUCACCUGAGGACAUUAAAAAGUCUUAUCGUAAAGUGGCACUUAAAUGGCACCCUGAUAAAAAUCCAGAAAAUAAAGAAGCUGAGAGAAAAUUCAAAGAAGUAGCUGAGGCAUAUGAAGUAUUAUCAAAUAGUGAAAAACAGGACAUUUAUGACAAAUAUGGCCAGGAAGGAUUAAAUGGUGGAAGCAGAAGUCAUUUUGAUGAUUCUUUUGAGUAUGGCUUCACAUUUUGUAAGCCAGAUGAUGUCUUUAGAGAAAUUUUUGGUGAAAGGGAUCCAUUUUCAUUUCAUUUCUUUGAAGACUCACUUGAGGACCUUUUAAAUAGUCCAAGAGGCUCCUAUGGAAGCAGUGGUACAAGAUCCUUCUUCGCUACCUCCAGUGAAUAUCCAGUUUUUGAGAGAUUUUCUUCAUAUGCUACAGGAUAUAUACCAUAUGGUUCACCGGGCCAUGAGGGCCUUAAUUCAUUCUCCUUGUUGGCAUCUGAUAAUAGUAGGAUGGGCAACUACAGAUCUGUUAAAACUUCGGGUAAGACUGCUAAUGGCAAAAAUACAAAUACACAGAGAAUUAUUGAGAAUGAUCAAGAAAGAGAAGUUGAAGAUGAUGGCAAACUGAAGUCCUUCCUUAUAAAUGGUGUGGCAGAUGAAGAGGGCUUUGCAGAAGAAUGCAGCUGGAGAAGACAGUUAUUCAACAAUUAUUCACCAAAGUACUUCAGACCCAAACAUGUAACUCAACAUACUUUUGUGGACAAUGAUGAGCAAGAUAUACCUUGGGUCACCAGCAACUGGGAUCCCUCUAUUUUCUCAGCAGGAUUCAAAGAAGGUGGUAAGAGGGGAAAAAAAAAAAAGAAGCAUAAAGAGGUGCAGAAGAAGUCAACCAAAAGGAAUCGUUAA